AUUCACUUCCAGCGAUUUUCUACCACAGCACUGCCUUUCGAUGCCACUGCAUCUCCCGUCGGCGCCGCUGCUGUUAUUGUUGUUGCUGCUGCUGCUGCUGCUGCUGCCGGGUCCGGCCGCUUUCUGGUGCUGCGCGCGACGCUGAAGGCGCAGCUGAAGGGUCUGAGGGAGCAGCUGGCCCGCGGAGGCUCCCCAGGGUCUGCUGCAGCGCAGCAGCAGCAGCAGCAGCAGCAGCAGGAGGUGCUGCGGCAGCAGCAACGGGAGAAGUGCAGCACGCAGCCCGAGGCCGGGCCCGCCAACAUUUCUCUUCACGGCAGUUUCGAGCAUAUGCCGUAUAUGGCUGACAAGCUGCUUAGGAGGGAAGCAGCAGCAGACGCAGCAGCAGCAGCAGACGCAGCAGCAGCAGCAGGGCUGACGGACUCCCCAGAAACGGCCACUACUGAUGUAGCCCAUGAAAGCUCCGGCAGCAGCAGCUGCAGCGGCGACAGCACCCCUGACAUUCCCCUGUCUUCCUCGCCUGCGCCGGAGGAGGCUGAGCCCGAGCAGCAGCAGCAGCAGCAGCAGCAGCAGCAGCUGCAGCAGCAGCUGCAGCAGCAGAACGCAGCAGCACGAGCAGCUGCAGCAGCAGCAGCAGCAACGGCAGCAGCAGCCACAGCAGCAGCGCAGCGUCUUGGAUUGGCUGGUGCUGGUGCUAGCCUUGCAGCCUGGGCUGCCUCUGACGAUCCCCGGUCUGCUGCUCGCCGAACCGCAGCAGCAACAGCAGCAGCAGCAGCAGCAGCUGCUGCUGCUGGAAGCCACUGCCUACAGCAAGAAGCAGCAGCAGCAGCAGCAGCAGCGGCAGCAGCGGCAGCAGGACGAUAG